AUGUCACUUUUCCAUAAUUUCCAGUACAGCAGCAAAUCGUGCGGGGCACGCAAACUGCUGGCCACGGCGUUAUCUGCAUUAUGUGAGGAGCCCGAUGUGUUGCGGAGGGUAGCAGAGCGUACGAGCGUCAUGUUGGCUAGUUCUCAAUCCACGACAAAACGUGCCGGUCUCGACAUCGCAGAUACCAUUCUAACGUCGCUAGAGAACAACCAUGCUCUAAGCAAAACCAUGCUGCCCGAACUUAUCACACUUAUAGCGAAAACUUACGAAAGCGACACCAAAACAAUAUUCACAAUCGCGUCAAAAGCGUUCGUAGACAAAAAACAACUUUUCGAUGAAGAAACUGUCAGAAAAACUAUAUUUAACGUUUUGGAUAAUAUAUUGAAAAGCAAUUUAUCCGAUGUCAAAAUUUAUAAACACACUGUGAAAGUGACGAUUGAAUUUGUCAAGAAUUUACGAGAUGUCAAAUUGGAUGAAUUGGCAAAUGUUGUUUUUGACAUUAGUAAAUAUGAUGUCAAUGUCAAAACGCUAUAUGUAUUGGCAGUUAUGAAGAGCGAGUUCGAUUUUGACAGUGACAUAUCAAGGAAGAUUUUAGGAAGGGAGGAUUGUGUUUUAUUGAAUUGUUUGCUGAGAUUGACUAUAGAUAAAAACGACGUCUUCAAAAUGGAGGUGAUCUUGAAAUUUUUAGAGGAAUAUUCCGAAGGCAUUUUGGAGCUGAAAUAUAUGGAAACAAUACAAUUAAUAUCAGACAUAAUCACAAACUUCACACCAACAUUAUUGAAAGAAUUCCAUAAAAACAUCAAAUUAUGUUUUACAUCUUUGAAAAAACACUGGAAAAACACACCAAAGACAAUAAUCGCCAGCAUUCAAACCUGGUUAAAUAUGCUGCCGAUUAAAAAAAUAACCGAAUCCAUAGAGCAUGAACUAUUCACAACCGAACAUCACUUAUACAUACAAGCUUUCAACAUAAUGUCAAACAUAUUUGACAUGUCUGAACUCAUUUUACCAGAUGUCAAAGAGCAAAUGUCAAAAUGGCCAAAAUAUUUGAUGAAAUUAUACGCGUCUGGCAGAUUAGAAGAAUAUUUCUACGAAGAAAUGUCAUAUUUCACUGACAUGCUGACAGUCAGUUUGAAGUUUUUGACAACAGAAGAUGUCGAGAAGAUUUUGAAAGGGGAGAAGCCUAAAAAUGGCAUUUCGUUUGGGGCAUUUUUCAUUGAAGGAUGUUUUGAAGUGUUUACUGAGAAACCUUUUAUUUUGUUGCAAGAUGGAAUAAAGGAAUGUAGCGUUAUUUUGAAUGAUAUAGUAAGGAUGACUGUGAAGAAAUGUUUCAAGGAACGAUUUGAAAAUGUCCUGGAAUUGGUGAAUAAGCUCUGGCCGACGUACGAGAUACACGCGACCUUCGUCCAGAAGCACUGUCUCCUAGCCAACCUACAGUGCCUCGGACCGGGGCCGGAUUCGAACCCACUACAAUGGGCGACACGGGUCGUGUGCUCGCAAAAUGCGUCGUUCGAUCAACGGACAAAGCUUUUAUGUUUCUUACCGGAGGAGGCAUUCAAGUUACCGGAAGUAAAGGGCUCAGUGUCCUCAUUAUUUCCGGCCCGGUUGAGGGAGCUGCGCCCCGCGCUGCUCGAGGCGGCUGCAAUGCGGCCUGACGCUUUGCUGCCGACUAUCGCCGCGCUUGCAGGCAAUGACACAAGCACAGGCUGGUGGGACACGGCUUUAGAGUCCUGCAUAGCGUCGUCAGCUAAACGGAACAACGUGGACUUGUGUGGAACACUGUUCCAGAAAUGUCAAGGCGAAAGGGCCUGCGAGCGCGUUUUAGUUCCAUUGCUGAGACACUCGUCGACUGACAUAUGUGAGAGAUUCCUAGCGUCAGUGCUAGAUCGGAUCGUAGGUAACCUGAGGAAGGGACCUAGAGGUGACCCGGCGCAUCCCAGCUACAGGAAACGCUGGGAGAAUCACUUGAUCAGUCUGCAUUUGUUGCUGGUCGCUUUCGAAAAGCUACCAACAUCGUCUUUAGAAUCGCCAGCGUCAGUUUUAUACAGUGCGACCACUGAUGCUACACCCUGGCACCUUGUGAGGGAAACAUGCAUAUGGUGCCAUCGGCUCAGAGAUAAUUUACACUGCCCCUUGCCAGAUGAUCAACUUUUCCCUAUGUACAGAAAGCUCCAAUGCCUGAUAUACAACGUGAUGUGUGCUGCCAUCUGUCGGCGGCGGCCGGCGGCGCCUCCGUACGAACAGCUGCUCAGUACAGGCGCGUUACAGAGAAUUGUCGAUGAGAAGGAAGAAUAUGUGCUGCCUAUACGCGCUAGCUGGACGCAGCGCACCAAAUUAUUUCCCGUGGCGGUUCCGCUCGAGCCCAGCACUCUGUCCCCCUCGCACACGCAGCGCUCGCGCAUCUUCCUUCGCACUCUCUCCGAGGACCCCAUGCUGUUCGAUCUACACUCCAGUGUGGAAGAACAAAUGGAGGUACAAGACAUAUCCCUCGUAGAGACGCCACUGAACUCUCACCCCUGUGCCGGCACGCUCACGGCGUUACUACGCCACGCGGCUGGGGUGUCCACGCUGGCGUCACUAUGGCGUAUUCUGGCGUGUUUAUUGAAAGGCGGGACAUCGGGAAAGAAUCUUAAGUGGCUACUAGCUCAGGUACAAGAUAUUUCUCUCAUGGAAACUCACUGA